AUGACUGCUGCUCUGCUGCUGAUCGCCGCCCUUCCCCUGGCUGGAGCCCUGACUCCCAACGUCCUCACUGUAUCGACCGACAAUGGAGCUGUUACGGGCCAUCGAUCGGUCACUCACCCAGAGGUCCUCGAUUUCCUGGGCAUCCCCUUUGCGCAACCCCCCAUGGGCAAUCUACGCUGGGAGGCGCCGCAGAAAUACCACGGCAACGGCACGUACGUGGCGAAGAGCUUUGUGAGGAUUACCCAGGACUGUCCCUACACGCACACGGCCCUCUACACGUACCCGAAUGAGAUGGAGCAGUUUCCCGACAUCAUGCGGGCCUUUGUGGGCUCGGAGAGUGACAACCCCCAGAGCGAGGACUGUCUCACGUUGAAUAUCUGGACCCGCGAGACCGACAGCCACAUCCCGAAGCCGGUAUAUGUGCGAGGGUCAGGGUACACUCCGGGCACCACGAACACCCUCUUCUACGACGGAGCUGGGUUCGCGAGCGACCAGGACAUCAUCGUCGUGACCUGCAACUACCGCAUGACCGUGUUCAGCUUCCCGGGCAUCCCAGGCCCGUCGACCAGCAACUUUGGCCUGCUGGACCAGCGCGCCGCCGUGGAGUGGAUGAGAGACAACAUCGCAGGCUUUGGCGGUGAUAGCAGCCGUAUCACCAUCUCCGGACAGUCGGGUGGCAGCGCCAUGGUGGACUACUGGGCCUACGCCUGGCCCGAGGACUCGAUCGUGGCCGGGCUCAUCUCGCAUUCAGGCACGGCCCUGAGCUUCGGGGCCAACUCCGCCACGCUGUCCGCGGACAACUGGGCCAACAUCACCAUGCAGCUGGGAUGUCACGCCGUGGGAGAUCCUCUGGCCUGCAUGAAGCGCCAGAAUGCCUGGCGCUUCCGCUACUUCGCCGACUGGGACAACACCCGUCUGUACCCGACCAGCGGCGCGUACCAUGGCGUCGACCUGAACAUGAUCUACGGCAGCUCGGCGCUGUUUACACUUGUGUCUGAAUCUGCUGGGCAGACGGUGCGGACGGCCAGGAUGCGGAAGGCAUGGGCGGCAUUCGUCGCCGAUCCGCACGACGGCCUAUCCAACCUGGGCUGGCCCAUCUUUGAUUUGCACAGCGACACCCUGGUAAUUCUGGGAUAUGACAACCAACCGAAUAUUACAUUUGUCAGCCCAUCCGUGUAUAACCAAGCGUGUGUCAACAUCACCGUUUGAAAGCCAUCUAUCCCUCAUUAACGGUAUAAUUACCCACUACCUGUUUGCAGCGCACGUGAAAAUGCAGUUCCCGAGCUCCUACCGCAGGCAACCUUUGACUUUCUCCCUCUCUAUGCCAGUAAGAAUGGUCCGUGCCGUCAACCCUCCAGAUCCUGAUACUCCACCCACGUCUGCAUCUUUGACCGCACAUGGUCCCCGUACACCACCGCCUCACCCUCCCCGUCGACGGGCGACACCACGCACGCCUCCCCGGGCUCGAAGAAGAAGG